GACAUUGGGAUGCAGCUAGAAGGGUCCUUUUCUACAGUUUACUGCCAAAACAUAUUUAGCUGUUAAUUCGGCAAUCUGACUAAAGUAUGACUUCACUUGAUAUGCUGAAAUAAAAACUCGGUAAUUCACGAAACCGUGCCUGGUCCUGCGUUUUCAGUCGCUAAAACGUUAGGUCUAUCCGUGCGUUUCUGUGUGUGUAUGAGUGUUGUGUGAUGACGCGAUGAUCCGCAAGCCAUAGAGGGAUCGAUGGAGACUGGUAUAGAUGGAGACAUACCGAUAGAGGGAGGGAAGAAAGACAUCGUGGCACUAGAACUGUAGUGUAUGGGAAUAUCAAGUAGAGAGAGAAAGAGAGAAAUAUAGCAUCAACAACGAGAGAGAUAGUGAGAGAGAGAACACGGGCUGUGAAUUCGCGGACGACAUGAGAUUUCUACAUGAACAGUAUAAAAUGCUUUAAAACUCAGCGUUUUGCCUUACAAACGUGUUGGCAGACGACAGCCACUAAAACACGACUACACAUCAAGUUCAGGCAGUAGGGGGCAGCAUGCCUGAGCAGAGUAAUGACUACAGGGUGGUGGUGUUUGGAGCGGGGGGAGUGGGGAAGAGCUCCCUGGUCCUACGCUUCGUUAAAGGCACCUUCAGGGACACCUAUAUUCCCACUGUGGAGGACACCUAUCGACAGGUGAUCAGCUGUGAUAAGAGUGUGUGUACGCUCCAGAUAACUGAUACAACAGGCAGUCACCAGUUCCCUGCCAUGCAGAGGCUGUCCAUAUCUAAAGGACAUGCCUUCAUACUGGUCUACUCUGUAACCAGCAAACAGUCACUGGAGGAACUCAAGCCUAUCUACCAACAGGUGAUAGCCAUAAAGGGGAACAUAGAGGCCAUCCCCAUCAUGUUGGUGGGCAACAAGAGUGAUGAGACCCAGAGAGAGGUGGAGACUAAAGAUGGAGAGGCACAGGCGACCACGUGGAAGUGUGCGUUCAUGGAGACGUCAGCUAAGACCAACCACAACGUGACCGAGCUGUUCCAGGAGCUGCUCAACCUGGACAAGAAGAGAAACAUGAGUCUCAACAUCGACGGGAAACGGUCCGGAAAACAGUCCAGAGCUGAGAGACUGAAGGGAAAAUGUAGUGUCAUGUAGAGAGGAGGAGAGGAUAGAGGGAUGGAGGAAGGGAGGAAGGAAGGAAGGUAACAAGGAAGACAGAAAGUGUGAGGAUAGAAGAGAAGGAAUGGGAGAGGGAGAGAAAGAGAAGAGAGUGAAGAGACCUCAGGACCACUGGUGGGUUCUAUACCUCACCCUCUCCCUAUCCUCCUCUCUCAUCUCCUGUCUGCCUGACCAGGGUCCUAACCAUCCAUACAGUCCCACUGUAGUGAAAAGAUUUGGGGGGGUAGUCUGAACACGACUCGAACCCGCAACCCUGCAUCUGUCAGCAUCAGUCCAACACCUCAGCCAUUACGCCGUGAGGUCCCAACCUCUUAGCGAGGUCACUAGAUGUUACACUAGGGACACUCUAACAUAAUGUACAUAUCCUAUGUAUACCUGGCCUCCCUCCCUAGCACCUCUGAAAGACACAGACAGUAUACCCCCGAACCGUCUCUGUCAUCAUGCAAAAUGGAGAAUCCUCUUAACUCCUCAUUCAAAAUGGCUUCUAAAUCAUUACUUGAACUGGAGAAACGUUGAACAUGUGACAUCAACAAUCCCUCUAAGACUUUAGCUCAGUGUUAAAACAAGGGAAGGGACUUGGAAUCCGAGGAAAGAGAACCUGGGAAAGAAAGAUGUGGUAGUUGGACUGAAAUGUUAAAAAGUCUACCUGGGACACUUGGUAGUUGGACUGAAAUGUUAAGAAGUCUGCCUGGGACACUUGGUAGUUGGACUGAAAUGUUAAGAAGUCUGCCUGGGACACUUGGUAGUUGGACUGAAAUGUUAAGAAGUCUGCCUGGGACACUUGGUAGUUGGACUGAAAUGUUAAGAAGUCUGCCUCGGACACUUGGUAGUUGGACUGAAAUGUUAAGAGGUCUGCCUGGGACAUUUGGUAGUUGGACUGAAAUGUUAAGAAGUCUGCCUGGGACACUUGGUAGUUGGACUGAAAUGUUAAGAAGUCUGCCUGGGACACUUGGUAGUUGGACUGAAAUGUUAAGAAGUCUACCUGGGACACUUGGUAGUUGGACUGACAUGUUAAGAAGUCUACCUGGGACACUUGGUAGUUGGACUGACAUGUUAAGAAGUCUGCCUGGGACACUUGGUAGUUGGACUGAAAUGUUAAGAAGUCUGCCUGGGACACUUGGUAGUUGGACUGAAAUGUUAAGAAGUCUACCUGGGACACUUGGUAGUUGGACUGAAAUGUUAAGAAGUCUGCCUGGGACACUUGGUAGUUGGACUGACAUGUUAAGAAGUCUGCCUGGGACACUUGGUAGUUGGAGUGAAAUGUUAAGAAGUCUGCCUGGGACACUUGGUAGUUGGACUGAAAUGUUAAGAAGUCUGCCUGGGACAUUUGGUAGUUGGACUGAAAUGUUAAGAAGUCUGCCUGGGACACUUGGUAGUUGGACUGAAAUGUUAAGAAGUCUGCCUGGGACACUUGGUAGUUGGACUGAAAUGUUAAGAAGUCUGCCUGGGACACUUGGUAGUUGGACUGAAAUGUUAAGAAGUCUACCUGGGACACUUGGUAGUUGGACUGAAAUGUUAAGAAGUCUUCCUGGGACACUUGGUAGUUGGACUGACAUGUUAAGAAGUCUGCCUGGGACACUUGGUAGUUGGAGUGAAAUGUUAAGAAGUCUGCCUGGGCCACUUGGUAGUUGGACUUUGGUUGGAUGGACGAUGGAGUGGACUUGGAACAUGUGAAGAGGUAUAGAAAAGUUCGUUGUGGGAUUUGGACUGGGAAUACUGCGGAUGAUGUCGCUGGGAAUGUUUGCGUCGGUUGGCUUUGGCCCUUGUUGUUUCAUGUGAGGAGCCUUUCUGUUGGCCUUGUGUUUCCCAUGCCAAGCUGCUGAAUCCUCUUCGUACACAGAGAAGCACAGAGAGGAUGGAAUGACAACUCUACUCGACGGAGGGAAGACACUCCAUUAGUUUUAUGCCAUGCAAAUACCAUCACAUUGCACUUAAUGUCACACAUACACACACAAGUAUAAAUGCACACACACACGCUUUUUGGAGACCAGUGGUCAUUCACCAAGUGUAUUCCUACAUAGUAUGUACAUGAACAAGGAGUGAUAUUAUUAUGUAAAUGUCAUUAUAUUAUUGUCCCAAACACCUCUAUUGGUUUAUGUAAAGCAAUAAGGUUGUUUGUCAAAGUACAGAAUAUAUACUCCAGGUGGAAGUUGCCCCUAACCCGCAGAUCUAGGAUCAGCUUACUCCUCAAAUCAUAACUAACCAUUAGGGGGGAAUGCAAAACUGAUCUUAGAUCAGCAUUUAUGGACAAAGUCAUCCUACUUCUUACUAUACAGGAGAGCUAAAAGCACAAUCAUUUGAUUGACGUUGUGUUUUUGUUUUACCAUGUUCCGUUAUCUAUCUUGCAGAAUAAAUAACUGUCAAUAUAUUUUGAACAGAGGUGGGGGAAGGAGGGAGCAGCUCUCCUGUAGUUAUUAUUCCAGGUGACUUGUAAUGUGUACAGUAUUUAAACGUGUGUUAAGGUCACCAUAAGGCUGUGGAUUGGUUAUAUAGCACGGUAUUGUAACAAAACCGACAAAAAGGUUAAGCUUGCAUCCCAAAUGGCACCCUAAUCCCUAUAUAGUGCACUUCUUUUCUUUAUGCUCUGAUCUAAAGUACUUCACUAGUAAUUCACUAUAUAGGGUACUAUUUAGAACACACUAUGUGAGGGAACCCAGAUCUAAACUGUCUUUCUGGAAUAACACCGUUGGACCCAAAGAAGUAGAAAACACACCUUCAUAUAUCUCUCUAAUAAAGAAGCACGGAAUUGAUUCGAGUUUCAAACAGGGAUUGGAGUUCAUUUUCAAUUCAGAAUAUUCAUUGAAAUUCUGUUCAUGAAAGGAAACAUCUGUCAUUGAAAAACAAUGGGCAAAUUGAAUAGACUGAAUUAGAAAGAGAAAGGUCCCCAUCCCCGGUGGCCACUGUGUAUAGGGUAUUGAGAAGGUACAGUGUGUUGCUAUGUGCUGUGUUAUACUUAUGGCCCAAAUGUUUUCCUGACCUCAUGCCCUGACCAGGAAAACGCUGAUCCCCAGUUGUAGGCUAUAGCUAAGGCUCAGGGUUGUUCCUGUUCAGAUCACAUGCUCAGGAAAAGGUCCUGGAUCUGAUUAGAAAACAGUGUUCUAGUGCAGUAUUACACUAGAACUAUAAUAAAGUAUACAGUCAUCUAUUAUUCAGAUCAGAUUGACCCACAUUUUAGUGAAUUAUGUGGAACGUUCUACAUCAAAUAGUAUUAAACUAGUAUGUUGUGUGUGUGUGUGUGUGUGUGUGUGUGUGUGUGUGUGUGUGUGUGUGUGUGUGUGUGUGUGUGUGUGUGUGUGUGUGUGUGUGUGUGUGUGUGUGUGUGUGUGUGUGUGUGUACAGUGCACUCAACAGUGUUAGUUUGAAUCAGCACAGACACCUUUACCCCAUCCUCCCACAAUAUUCAGUGUGUGUGUUAAUGCGGUUUUAUGAAGUGUCUGUCAGAGGUUCCCUGUGGAGAUGACCCACACGUUCUGCAUGAGUCAGACUGCUGAGGCUCAUGCACACACACACACACUGUACACAGUACACACACAUACUGUACACAGGCAUAGCAAGCAGACAGAGAGCAGUCCUCUGUUCCACAGAAACCUCAUUAUCUGCGUGUCUCAUGCGGCACCCUAUUCCCUGAUGUGAUUCUGGUCAAAAGUAGUGCACUACAUAGGGAGUAGGGUGUCGUGAGGUUUGCACAUUGUCUCUUUUUCUGCACUGCUGUGUCACCCUGUAACCCGUCUGUACUCUUCCUAUUAGUUUUACCACUCCCCUUCACUCCACAUCUGUAUAUAGCUGUAAAUAGCUAUUAGAGUUAUAUAGCUGGAGGUGGAUAUAGAGUCUAUAGAGGAUUUAGGAACGUUAGGGAAUGGUGACAUCAUGGCCCCCUUUGCCCUCUUCAUAGGAUUGUGGGUAGUGUGGUUCUCUUAGGAGUGAAAAGAUAGAGCUGCCAACUGUGAUUCCACAGAACAUUAUUAUAAUCAGAGAAGGGGUGGGCCCUGAGGAAGAUCUCUCACCUCAUUGGUUGAACACCUGGGGGAUUGGCCAAAGCCCAAAUGGGCAGAGUCCUCCAGAAAUGAACCAAUGAGAGGGUUUCUUUUUUCGCUUGUGUAGUUUAGAGUGCUGGAUCCUGUCUUGAGAUCCACACACAAAACUAGACUUUCCUCACAAAUAUAUCAAUAACAUGAUUUACGUGAAAGUCUGAUUUUAGGAAUGGGUUCAGAGAGCAUUCCUAUAAUGACUCAGGAAUGGACAAAGAGGCUGCUGUAUGGCUGAAUAAAAACCAAGAUCGAAACACACAGAACAGAACUGAUAUGAUUCUAGAAUAGAUUACACAAGCCAGAUAGUUGUGUCUGUUCUACGUAGUUUCUACCUGAAAAAGCCCCUACAGCCUUUCACUGAUGUGUGUUAUCAGAAAGUCAUGUAGCUGGAAAGAGGGUUGCAGAAGAGAAGUGGCACAAAGGACUAUGGGAAGAGUAGUUCAUUGAGUGUAGUUAAUCAGAAACAUGUUCUAUAAACUCAAGCCUACCAAGGACACAGUUUGGAAUUUUUGCAUCACCCCAGAUCAUACUAUCAGCCCAGAAACAACUCCUUGCACCUAUAAGUUCAAAUAUCUGAAGGGACUGGAUAGGGGACAGGCUUAACUAUUAGGCUUUGGGGAACUUCCGCCAUAUUGUUUACACUUGUCUGCUCUGCCAAACACAAAACGUGGAAGUGCCUCAAAGUUGUUUCUGGACCGGGCCCCUGAGGGGUGCAAUGACUUCUGGGUAGUGUAGUUCUACUAACCUCCAUCUCUGUCCUUCCCUCCCUGCAUGGUCCCAAUAAGUGUUCUUCCCAGCCAGCAUGAGAACCAAUAAGGACACAAACUGUGAAAUUAACAUAUUUCUAUUUUAUUAUUAUAAUUCUUCUGCAUUAAUAAUGGCUUUGGUUUGAAAAGUGUAACUGUUUUUAAUCUCUUAUUGUUUUUGUAAACAUGUUUUUUGUUUGGACCUUUUUUUAACAUAAUGAUCAUGUAUAGACAUUUAAUUAUUUUAUUUUUAAUAUAGUUAUUAUUAUAAUUAUUCUAGCUAUUUAUUCUAGCAAUAGUCUUCCUACUAUAAUGUACUGUGGCAAUGCAUCCUAACUAUAAGAUAUAAGAUAUGUAUAUGAAGAAAUUAUCAUAUCGAAUCUGCAAAAGGAUUUUCCUAAUAAAAACAACAGUUAAGAA